ACCUGUUUAUUUAUCCAGUUUGUAACUUGCUUACUUCUCUCUGCUUGUUCUCAUUGGUUUGUUUUCUUCUUUCUGGUGUUUAGAUCAAUAAGAAAUACUUUUACUUUGUCUGGAAUUAGAAAUAGGAAGAAUGGCUACCUUGGUUGAAAGAAGAGGAAGAGUCGUUUCAGAAUGGAGCCUGAUUUAUUGAUGAUGAAUUUAAACCAUCGAAUUGGAAAAUGAAAUAGUUUAGUCAUGUUUUUCAUUUCGAUUCAGCCCACCCAGUGGUAACAUUGAGAUAAAUUACUUCAAGCUGAUACCCAAUGUCUAACAGUCUGAGCACCUGAGUUGCAGGUUCACCAUACUGCGGUUUCACUGGUUUUAUAGUCUACACUCCUAUUUGAGGUUCAAGACUAAAAAAUUGGUUGUAGAGAUGUAUGUUGAAUGUAGCCUUGUGUAUGAACUCUCAUUUUUGGCAUAAUCAUAUUUGUUUCAAUUCAAAUAUGAUUAGAAUUCCUAAGUAACACAAAUCCUGUUUGAAAGUCAUUUUUCUUUAACUCUAAGCGUUACUCUCAUUUUGCUGUGCUCAUGCAGUCAGGUUUAAUAAGGCAGACCAACUUGAAUGUGGUGUUCUUAUGGGUUUACGGAUUUGGAUUUUUGAGUUGUAUUAUGAAAUUGUUGGACUUCUGAGUGGUUACUGGUACUUCAUUUUAUUUUCAGCUUUUGAUUUGUGCAGAUUCCCUUUAGUCAUUUGUUUGUCAUACAUACACAAACUAGCUACACCUUUUUCUAUCAUACAGUUGCGAGACAGUGUAGCAUCUUCCAGUUUCCAUUAUCUUUCUCCAGCACAUGAGCUGUCAUUAAGGGUUCGUUCAAGGAAAAAGCAGUAUAAUACCAACUUAGAGUGUAUCAAGAGAAGAGAAGAGUCUGGCAGUUUCAAGACCCAUAAUGAUUAAACUCUUUGAUUCUCAUUGUCACCUCCAAGAUCCAAGGAUCCUUAAUAUGGUCCCAAAAAUUAUUAAGACCACGACUGAAACAGGAGUUGUCCAUUUUGCUGUCAAUGGCUUGUCAGAGAAAGAUUGGCAUUUGGUCAAGGAAAUGAGUGAACGCUACCCUUCUAUUGUUCCAAACUUUGGGCUCCAUCCCUGGUUUAUAACUGAGAGGACUCCUAAUUGGCUGAAAACUUUGAGAGGAUUUUUGGAGUCUACUCCUGCUGCUGCAGUUGGAGAGAUUGGUUUAGAUAAAGGUUCAUUUGGAAGGAAGAUUGAUUUCGCUGAUCAGGUGGAUGUCUGUCGACAGCAGCUUCAACUUGCCAAAGAGUUGGAAAGACCAGCAUCCAUACACUGUGUUCGUGCUUUCGGGGAUCUUCUUGAUUUAUUAAAAUCCGCGGGGCCUGUUCCUGCUGGUUUCAUCCUGCACUCUUACCUCGGCUCUGCCGAAAUGGUUCCUGAAUUUGCUAAGCUUGGUGCUUACUUCUCCUUCUCUGGGUUCCUUAUGUCCAUGAAGGAAAGCAAGGCAAAGAAAAUGUUGAAGUCAAUUCCUAAGGACAGGAUCUUGUUGGAGACAGAUGCACCAGAGGCUUUGCCAAAAUUGAGCAAUCCAGAUUCUCUAUAUUUGAUCGAGAAGGAAGCUUCAUCAGCUGAUGGAACAUCAAGUGGAGGAAUUAAUGAUGGAAAUCCAUCUGAGAAAUCACCGGAGGAGGACAAAGGCAAUGAACAACAGGCAGAAGAAAUCCAUAACCAUCCUGCAAACAUUCACCAUGUACUCUCCUAUGUUGCAUCACUACUUGAGCUGACAAAAGAAGAACUUGCUGAGAUAAGCUUUGCAAAUGCUUCUCGGCUAUUUUCUUAUGAAGGUUCAAAGGUACCGGUCUUAUGUCUCACUAAAUUGCCUUGGUGGUUGUGCGUGCAAGGUAUGAGGCAGGAACUGAAAAUUGUGUCAAUAAGCAGCACAGCCAAAAGCUUUGUUAGGCUUUUUACAAUUUGACACUUGGGUUAUCAGUACAUCAAACUCUUGGCUUAUACUGUACCUAUAGGCUAUUUUCCAGUUGAAGCUCCACAUAACAUAUAGCAUAAUCCUUCACUACUUUCUAAAAUAUUGUUCCAUGUCACUUUUUACCAAGGUUCAACAUUUUUUUGUUUUGAAUUUUAUCAUGAUUGUGAAUAUUGAUAAAUUAGAGUGUUAAUGUAAUUUUACCA